AUGCAGUUUGCUUUGGCUGUGGGUGCUACGGUGAUGGCGACCACCAGCACAGAAACCAAAGCGGAAAGACAACUCCCUUGGCGCUCAUUAUCUCAUAAACUAUCGCGACGGCCCAAAGGCCUGACCCUGGCUAGUCAGGUGUCAAUUUCGUGGUGGAAUGUAGGUGCGGCAUCCACUCAGUCGUAUUCUCUCAGAGCCAUUCGAACUGGCAGACUGGUUGCUUUCGCCGGUAUUUUGGACAAAUCGAGGGAUGCAUCACUGCCUUCAGUGGUCCAUUGUACCGUCCGUGCUUGUACAGCUCGUGGGUUACUUCUCAAGACCCUCUAUCGUGUCCAAGAGAAGAAUCAAUUCAUUGAGGAGAAGGAAGUUCAACCCAUUGUUGGUGACCGGGUAUUUGAAUUUGCCGGGAUGAAGAUGGCGUAUGAGAGGCUGGAGCAACAGCGCCAUUUCGCGAAGGUUUGCAUUCGAUUGCAAUGGAUCGCUGGCGCCUUUGGAGUUCCAUGA